AUGUCUGAUAAUAACCAAGGCUGUAAAAUUACACUCUACUGGCUCGAGCAAUCUCGAAGCCACCGCAUCCUCUGGCUUCUGGAAGAGCUGCAGCUAAAUUAUGAGCUCAAGAUUUACAAGCGUCGCGCCGACAAGCUCGCUCCUGCUGAGCUCAAAGAGGUUCACCCUCUGGGCAAAUCGCCCGUGGUCACCAUCGAGGCGCCGGGCGCCGCAAAGCCGCUGGUGCUGGCAGAAUCUGGUGCGAUCGUGGAGUACCUCUGCGACCACUUCAGCAGCGCGCGCCCGUCCCUUGUGCCCCAGCGGUACAUUCCCGGCAGCGAGGGCAAAGUGGGUGGAGAAACCGAGGAAUGGAUGCGCUAUCGCUACUUCAUGCACUACACGGAGGGCAGUUUGAUGCCUUUCUUGGUGAUGACUCUGGUCAACGAUUCCAUCCGAAAUGCCCCUCCAUUCUUUGUGCGACCCAUCACCAGUAUUGUUGCCUCGCAGGUUGAGAACCAGUUCCUGACCCGCAACGUGGAAGGUAACCUUGCCUUCCUUGAGGACCAGCUGCGUACUUCCCCCGACGGUGGCGACUUCAUCUGCGGCAAGGAACUGACAGCCGCCGACGUUAUGCUGAGUUUCCCGGUCAUUGCUGUGACCAUGCGAGUAUUGAAAGACAAGAAGAACAAGGACAAGUUCCCUCUUCUUGCUGCGUACGCCAAGCGCCUUGAAGGAAUCGAAGGGUACAAGCGUGCCGUCAGAAAGAUUGAGGAGAUCGAAGGCAAGUUCUCAGCCUCUAUGUAA